CCUCCCCUGCCGCCUUGCGUGCCUCGUAACGAACGUGACGCCGCACCGCCUCCUCCCCUCGCUCUCCUCCCUUUGUACGAGUUUGACAAGUCCCUUCUCGACCAGGACAGGAACCCGCAGAGAUCAUGGCCGCUCCUCCCACUUACGUAGACCUUGGAAAGUCUGCCAAAGACGUCUUUACCAAGGGAUACGGCUUCGGGGUCAUCAAGCUGGACUUGAAAACAAAGUCAGAGAACGGACUGGAGUUCACCAGCACCGGCUCCGCCAACACCGAGACCAGCAAGGUCGCCGGAUCCCUGGAGACCAAGUACAAGUGUGCGGAGCACGGACUGACCUUCACCGAGAAGUGGAACACCGACAACACCCUGGGCACCGAGAUCACCAUCGAGGACCAGUUGGCCAAGGGCCUGAAGCUGACGUUCGAUUCCUCCUUCUCGCCAAACACCGGCAAGAAGAGCGGCAAGGUCAAGACGGCCUACAAGUGUGACCACAUCAACCUCGGCUGCGACGUCAACUACGACAUCAACGGCACGGCCAUCCACGGGGCGGCCGUGGUGGGCUACGAGGGCUGGCUGGCCGGCUACCAGACCACCUUCGAGGCCGGAAGGAACCGGAUCACCCAGAGCAACUUCGCCGUGGGCUUCAAGACGGACGAGUUCCAGCUGCACACCAACGUAAACGACGGCACGGAGUUCGGCGGCUCCAUCUACCAGAAGGUGAACGAGCAGCUGGAGACGGCCGUCAACCUGGCCUGGACCGCCGGGAACAGCAACACCCGCUUCGGCAUCGCGGCCAAGUACCAGAUUGAUGCCGACGCGUCCUUCUCUGCCAAGGUGAACAACUCCAGCCUGGUGGGCCUCGGCUACACUCAGACCCUGAAGCCAGGCAUCAAGCUGACGCUCUCCGCUCUCCUCGACGGCAAGAACAUCAACGCCGGCGGCCACAAGCUCGGCCUCGGCCUCGAGUUCCAGGCAUAAGAGGGACGAGGCCAACGCCCGGCCCCCGGCCCCCCCCAAACCACCCAACACUCCCAACACUCCAGUCCUCCUGGCACACAUGCAUUCCCCACAAGAAAACUCCAAAUCCUCAAUUGAUUGGCCCUCACCCCCCCCCCCUCCCCCACACACACACUCCUCUAGGAAUACUACAGCUGGAGCACAGACAGAACCACUGUUAAGGGAACAUUAUAUUUUGAAGCUUAAAGACUUCUGAACAAAACCUCAAACCGGUUCGACAGGAAGUCUGACCUCGAGUAGCGUAGCUCGCCACGGUGGGGGGGAGGGGGGUAGAGCGGCGCUGAGCGGGGUCACAUGUCUCCUCACUACCGCGGCUGGGAGGGGGGAAAAGGGGGCGGGUGGAGGGGCGUUGUUCCACCACCAGAUGGCGCCGUAGAUCCCUCCUCGCUUAGUGUCUGUCCUGAUGCGGGAGGGGUUAGUGGUCCCAGAUGUUAGCAGCUGUCGUCAGCUCAAAGAGACACUACAUCCCCCCCCCCCCCCCCCAGCUCUGUUAUCGUCUCACUCGUUGUAUUCUUUUUGUGUUUGUCUGUGCAUUUGGUGUGAAAAGUUUUUUUUUUUGUUACACAUAGUAAAACAAAAAAGAAUCUGAUUUUCUUGACAGACAGUAGUUUAAUCCACAUGUGAAGUCUUACGAAGGCGGAGAGCCGUCUGGUCGAGCAAAGGGAGAGGAGAGCUAAUCAUGCCCACCGUCACGGGAGGAGGAGAAUACUACUGCUGGUGGUCCUCCACACAUGCUUAUGGGAGUCAUGCAGAGACCUCGACAGUAGUCCUUCCCUGAAUUAAAUAAAGAGCAUCUUGAACCAG